AUGGAGGUUCUUCUGCAGACCAUGAAGGUUCUGUGGGAGGAAGUGAGCGGAUUGGACGAUGAGUCGAACAGCGUGCGGACCUAUCAGAUCUGCACACUCGACAGUCCGUCGUCCUAUUGGCUGAGGACACGCUGGAUCCCUCGCAGGGCGGCGACCACGCUCUACGUGGAGAUCCGGUUCACCAUGAUGGAGUGUUCCGGGCUGAACCGCCGUCACUGCAAAGAGACCUUCAACCUGUAUUACUACCAGAGUGACAGCGACGAGGCCACGCCCACCCACCCGGCGUGGAUGGAGAACCCGUACACCAAGGUGUCCACGGUGGCCGCCGACCACCUGCUGCGCCAGGGCGGCGAGAAGCGCUUCAACGUCAAACUGCUGCGCCUGGAGCAGCUGAGGGGGGCGGGGCUUUACCUGGCCUUCCAGAGCCAGGGCACCUGCAUGGCGCUGCUGUCCGUACGCGUCUUCUACAGGAAGUGUCCGCCCCUCCGCCGCGCCUUCGCCUCCUUCCCUGAAACCAUCCCACACUCGCUGGUGGAGCAGGCCCAGGGUGUGUGCGUGGAGAACGCUGUGACUCCGCCUGGCGAGCAGUCACGGCCUCCCAGCAUGCUUUGCGGUGAGGAUGGUCAGUGGGUGGGGCAGCCGACGUCGAGCUGUGCCUGUCGUCCCGGAUACGAGGCGGGAGAGACGGACAUGCGCUGUCGAGCGUGUCCAUCGGGUCAGUUCAAGGCCCGGCCCGGGCCCGGCGGGUGUGACCUGUGUCCGGCCAAUAGCGUCGCGAUGAUCCCAGGCUCCGCCUACUGCCUGUGUCGCCCUGGUUACCAUCGAGCUGACUCCGACCCGCUGCACGCUGCCUGCACCCGCCCGCCCUCUGCUCCUCGCUCCAUCGUCAGUCAGAUCAACGACACCUCCGUCACCCUGGAGUGGAGCGAGCCGCUCGACCGAGGAGGACGGCCGGACCUCACAUACACACUGCUGUGCUCGCUGUGCCACGCCCCCAACGCCAAGGGAUUGGCUAGCUCCUGUUCUCCGUGUGAUGACAGCGUCCUGUACCGCCCGGCGCAGCGCGGCCUGACUCAGCGCCGCGUCAUCAUCUGGGGGCUCCGCCCACACAGCAGGUACACCUUCACCAUCCAAUCACUGAAUGGCGUCUCUGCUCUCAGCCAAUCAGAGCCAGCCUCGGACAGAGUCAACAUCACCACCAGCAGAGAUGUUCCUCCUCCGGUCUCCGGCCUCAGGAGGCCGUCGGCCUCAGAGAACAGUCUGUCUCUGGAGUGGAACGUUCCGGUUCUUCAGAACCAGUACCAGAUCCUGGACUACCAGCUGCGCUACAGCCCCAAGGACGGCGAGGAGGCGGGUCAGUGGCAGUACGUCUCCAGCAGGUCUUCUUCGGUGGUGCUGAGCGGGCUGCAGAGGGCGCUGCAGUACCAGGUCCAGGUCCGUGCACGCUCGCAGGCCGGGUACGGAUCGUUCAGCACAGCGAGCAGCUUCAGCACGCUACCUGACGGUGUCGCUCACUCUCAGCUGGUUCUGACCGGGGUUCUCGUCUCCAUGGGGAUACUCCUGCUCAUCGCCGUAGUGAUCGUCGCCGUGUACUGUUACCGGAAGGUGAAGGACUCAGAGGCGGCCGAUAAGAGCGGACACUAUCAGAUGGGACAGACAAUGAAGGUGUACAUCGACCCGUUCACGUAUGAGGACCCCAAUGAGGCCGUGAGAGAGUUUGCCAAAGAGAUCGAAGCGUCCUUCGUGAAGAUCGAGGAGGUGAUCGGAGCAGGUGAGUUUGGUGAGGUGUGCCGCGGUCGGCUCAGGGUCCCCGGCAGGAAGGAGAACUACGUGGCAAUCAAGACGCUGAAGGGCGGGUACACGGAGAAGCAGAGGCGGGACUUCCUGUCGGAGGCGUCCAUCAUGGGUCAGUUCCAGCACCCGAACAUCAUCCACCUGGAAGGUGUCAUCACCACUUCCUGUCCCGUCAUGAUCCUCACCGAGUUCAUGGAGAACGGAGCGCUCGACAGCUUCCUGAGGGUGAAUGACGGUCAGUUUACGACCAUCCAGCUCGUUGGGAUGCUGCGCGGCAUCGCUGCAGGUAUGAAGUACCUGUCGGACAUGAGCUUCGUACACAGAGACCUGGCAGCUCGCAACAUCCUCGUCAACUCCAACCUGGUCUGCAAGGUGUCAGAUUUUGGCCUCAGCAGGUUCCUGACUGAGAACUCAUCCGACCCGACGUACACGAGCUCGCUGGGCGGAAAGAUCCCCAUCAGGUGGACGGCUCCGGAGGCCAUCGCCUACAGGAAGUUCACGUCAGCGAGCGACGCGUGGAGUUACGGUAUCGUCAUGUGGGAAGUGAUGUCAUACGGAGAACGACCAUAUUGGGACAUGAGCAACCAGGAUGUGAUCAACGCCAUCGAGCAGGACUACCGGCUGCCCCCGCCGCCGGACUGCCCGUCCUCUCUGCACGCGCUCAUGCUGGACUGCUGGCAGAAGGAACGAGCCAAUCGGCCAAGGUUCUGUGACGUGGUGGCGUCCCUUGAUAGACUGAUCCGAAACCCCGCCUCCCUGAAGGUGAUGCACCAAGAGGGCCCGAGUCCAUCCCAGCCUCUGUUGGACCAGCGUGUCCCUCCUCCUCUGUCGGCCUGUGGUUCUGUCUCUAAGUGGCUUCGGGCCAUAAAGAUGGAGCGAUACGAGCAGAGCUUCCUCCAGGCCGGAUUCACGAGCCUGGACAUCGUGUCGCAGCUCAACACCGAAGACCUGCUCAGAGUGGGCGUGACCCUCGCUGGCCACCAAAAGAAAAUCCUCUCCUCCAUUCAGACGCUCAGGAUACACAAAGCCCCGCCCACCCUCCUCUACUGACCAAUCACAGCCCUGCCCUGCCGUACUGUCCAAAACCCACAUCACUCAGGAUGACGCUGACCAAUGAACAUUCAUCAAAUCUGUCUGACCAAUCAGACGCCUCGUGUGAAACAGGAAGUAAACACUAAUGUCUCAUUAGACUCUGCCUACUUGUUAAUGUGACCAAUCAGAACCAAGGACGGAGUUGACCACCGACGAGCUGUUUUAAAGGUAAGCGAGUACCUGGUUGGUCAACACUCAGGACAUAUAGAACCCACCAGCCAAUCACUGCUCAGGAAACCAAAGCUCCUCCUACUCUGUCCGGGUCUUUUUUUAUUUUGGACUGCUGUCAGUCACUGGCCAAUCAGCUUCAAGGACAGCAGGAGUGUAACCCACCCAGAGCAGGGAUUGGCUCUGUGCCCCGUCCGUCACAGUGACGAGGACUGAACUGAGCCACUACGACUGCCGGGAGCCGACGCCAGGACCGACCAAUCAGACGCGUUGCUCUGUGGACUUCUCUUGACGCCCCGUUAGAAACUUUGCGUUGAACGUUUUCACAGGAAUUCCAAACCGAGCGUUCGGUAGUCUCCGUGGAUCCUGGAAUAUUCACCUGAAGGACAUCAGGACGUCCCGAGGGGACUUCUACUGUGAAAGGUCGACAUGUUCUGGUACUGCUUCAGCUUGGUUCUCUUCAGAACCUUUGGGGAAUAUUCCAGGACCGGCUCUGAAGACCCAACAUGACCUUUAUGCGGAAUACUUUAAGAAAACUGUAAAUCUGAACAUGUAAUCAAAGUACUGAGACUGUGCUGGUGACUUCUGGGAGAUUUUCUGGAUUAUUUCCGUCACUAUGAAGAACUGUUCAAAGUUCUACAGACAGCAGUAGUACUGUGGUAAAAGUACUCGUGUAUUUUAAGUCUGAGUCCUCAAACGUUCCCACCCGGACUGUCAGAUCAUGUUGAUAUCAAACACUAAUGACUGAACCGACGGUCCAAACGGACCUGACACGACGGGACCGUCGUCUGGUUCAUUCACGUCAAGUAAAAGUGACACGGGGACAAAAAAGUACCAAAAUAAAACGUCACUUUUUAUUUUACGUUGAACCUUCAGGACCAAAAACCAGUGAGAGGGCGAGAGUGGGAACUGUUGGAGGACUUCAUCAUGGACACGUUCGUUGGGUUGUAGAACUGUUGGAGGACUUCAUCAUGGACACGUUCGUUGGGUUGUAGAACUGUUGAUGUUUUUGUAUUUUAGCACUUUUUAUACCUGAUAUUUGAUCAUGUUGUUUUUAUACAGACUCAUUUUAUUUUGUAAAAAACAGACGUGUCUUUAUAUUUCAAAGAGGAUCAAACGUUCAGGACCAAAGAACUGUUUGUUGUUCCCAGAGGAACUCCACUGUCCGACAUGUUUCACGAAGCCAUCAGCUUUAAUCAACAUUUAACGUCUCCUUUGAUUGGUCCAUAGGUCCCCACACGUCAGCUAUCUGCACAUUAACACAUGUUGUUAUUUAGUCUCUGUCAGCCAAUCACAAUAAAGAUGAGCCGUCCUGCCCAAUAAGA